AUGGAUGAUGCAUUUAAUGUAACAUUUAUAACUCUUGGUGGGUAUGCUGAAAUGGGCAAAUACAGGUUUCUUUAUUUUGUUAUUAUGUUUACAGUAUAUAUUCUAACAAUCUGCUUUAAUUGCACCAUCCUGUACCUCAUUUCGAUACACAAGAACCUCCACGAGCCGAUGUACAUUUUCAUUGCAGCUUUGCUCCUGAACUCUAUUGUUUACAACUCUGCUAUGUACCCAAAGUUGUUAAGUGACUUUUUAUCUGACAGACCGAUGAUCUCAUAUUCAACAUGUCUCUUUCAGUAUUUUGUAUUUUACACCUUGAGCGCUUCAGAUUUCUUCCUGUUGGCCGCCAUGUCUUAUGACAGGUAUGUGGCUAUAUGUAAACCUCUGCGAUAUCCGACCAUCAUGAGGAAGAGCACAGUGAGGUUUAUUCUGGUUCUGGCUUGGCUCGUGCCUGCUUGUGAGAUGGCCAUCUCGGUGACACUGGUGACCAUGUCGAAGCUCUGUCAUUUGACUUUAAGAGCAGCGUUUUGUAACAACUCCGUGUACAAACUGUUCUGUGAGAGUUCAGCAGCUUUGGCUGUAUUUGAUGUGCUUGCGCUGCUGAACAUGGCCCUUUUCCCUUUGCUCUUCAUCCUGUUUACAUAUACCAGAAUACUGAUAGUAUCCUAUCGAAGUGGUAGAAAUGUCAGGACAAAAGCUGCACAGACCUGUUUACCCCACCUGUUAGUUUUAUUCUGCUUUUCAUCUUUGUGUGCGUAUGAUAUCAUUGUAAUUCAAUUGGGAUAUAAUGUACAUGCCAUGAUGACUUUACAAGCGUUUUUCUAUUUUCCUCUAUUGAAUCCAGUUAUAUAUGGACUGAAAGUGAAAGAAAUCUCUAAACACCUGAAGAAGUUGUUCUUUCAAGCCAAAGUGAAGUAA